CCCAUUAAGAUUCAAAUAAAUAACUAUCGAUAUUUUAGUUAGUGCUUCUGCUGAUUUUCCAGCUCAUAUGUUCCGUUCUCGGCAAAUGUUCUGUUUUUGGCAAAGUGUGUAAGAGGUACAGCUAUAGCUUUUGACUCUGUAAAAGCGAAGUUCUUAUUAGAUUUGAUAUCAAGUUGUAACAUAAGUUUUGACACGCUACUAAUCGUGUUCUGCUGGACUUGUAAAAGGGACAUUCUGUGUACAGAUGUGAUAACGUUGUGUCGAAAUAGCUGAAGGCGUCCAAAGCGAUUUUUUAUUCCAAUCGAAACACGGAAACUGCUUUUCAGAAAGGUCAAAAGCAUAGACAUUCGCGGCUUAUAUCAAGCGUCUCUUUGUUUUUGGAAAAGCGUAUCUUCUCUUUCUCCUGAAAGUACUUUUAUUAAAUCGAAAGAAUAUAUUAAACAUCAACGUUUUUCGAUUGUUACAAAUUCGCAAGCGUUUGAAAAAGAAGGUAUCUGUAAAUCAAAAAUGACUCUACCAAGCGCUGCCCGAGUUUAUACAGAUGUUAACGCACACAAGCCAGACGAGUACUGGGAUUAUGAGAAUUAUGUGGUCGAUUGGGCCAACCAGGAUGAUUAUCAACUCGUUCGUAAGUUGGGUCGCGGAAAAUAUUCGGAAGUAUUUGAAGCUAUAAAUAUUACAACUACGGAAAAGUGUGUGGUUAAAAUUCUCAAACCAGUCAAGAAGAAGAAAAUUAAGCGUGAAAUAAAAAUUUUGGAAAAUUUGCGUGGUGGUACUAACAUUAUUACAUUAUUGGCUGUGGUAAAAGAUCCAGUUUCGCGCACACCAGCUUUGAUUUUUGAACAUGUGAAUAAUACCGAUUUCAAGCAAUUAUAUCAAACUUUGACGGAUUAUGAAAUUCGCUACUAUUUGUUUGAAUUGUUGAAGGCAUUGGACUAUUGCCAUAGUAUGGGUAUCAUGCAUCGUGAUGUAAAACCUCAUAACGUUAUGAUUGACCAUGAAAAUCGAAAACUACGAUUAAUUGAUUGGGGAUUGGCAGAAUUUUAUCACCCAGGUCAGGAGUAUAAUGUACGCGUAGCGUCUCGAUAUUUUAAAGGGCCAGAACUGCUCGUAGACUACCAAAUGUACGAUUACUCAUUGGAUAUGUGGUCUUUAGGCUGUAUGUUAGCAUCUAUGAUUUUUCGUAAAGAACCAUUUUUUCAUGGGCAUGAUAAUUACGACCAACUAGUGCGUAUUGCCAAAGUCCUAGGCACUGAAGAACUUUACGCUUAUUUGGAUAAAUAUAACAUCGAAUUAGAUCCUCGAUUCCACGAUAUACUACAACGACAUUCGCGUAAGCGAUGGGAGAGGUUUGUUCACUCGGAUAAUCAACAUCUCGUUUCACCGGAGGCCCUUGAUUUUCUUGACAAGCUUUUGCGUUAUGAUCACGUGGAACGUUUGACCGCACGUGAAGCAAUGGGACAUCCAUACUUUUUACCUAUUGUUAAUGGCCAAAUAAAAUCUAGCAAUCAAUAGAAUUAGGUAUCAUAACAGAGCAUAAUAUGUGAAAAACUAUAAGGUCGGAAUGAGGAGUCGAAAAAACUGUCAUUAAACCAACCAAUACUUCAAAAUUAAUGAGCAACUAUUAAAUUUGUAAUGAAAUAUGGAAGUAUAUAUAAUCUAUUUAAUACAAUAGCAGAAUAGAAUAAAAAAUAUAAAAACAUGCAGUUAUUCUCGUAUGAUUUAGAAUUAUGGGGACAGCUUUCUCAAGUCGCUUUUCAAAUUUAUCUGCCCAUUAAAACAAAUUUUGUUCUUACAAAAAAAAAAAAAAAA